AUGAUUUCAAUGCCCGUCAUGAACUCGGAUCCGAAUUGUCUCGUGUCUAGUGAAGAAGAAUUGCUUCGUCUUGCACCGUUACCCCAUGAACGUGUCGUUUAUUGGGGGUCUGGUAGUCCACAAGCUUGGCGUAUAUUGAUUGCAUUAGAAGAGAAGAAACUUCCAUAUCGAAGUGUCUGUGUCAGCUUUUCCAGUGGUGUGCUCAAGUCACCGUUCUUUCGAGCGCUUAAUCCACGCAUGCGGAUCCCUGUUCUAGUGGAACCAACAGAGUUGACACCAUUGAAUGAUGAGAAAGAGACUGAUGAUGUAACGCAGUCGCCAAAGAGCAGAGUGACCGAAGCAGCCGUCGGCAUUUCGCGACUGAUGACGCAGACCUUGUCACAGUAUCGUACGAUUGUAUACGAGUCGAGCGCGAUUUUGGAAUAUCUAGAGAAAAAAUACUACAUGGCACCUUGUAUGCCAGAAUCUCCAUCUCUGUAUGCAGUCGCUCAGUCGCGUCUGCAUGAAGCAAAUGAGAUAUUGUCGGUAGUGGGCGACUUGGUGGUGUAUUUACGUCGAUUUCCACAAGAAAAGCGUAACCCAGCGGUCGUGAAUGCCAAGUGGGCGUCUGUCGAGGCUGAGUUGAGUCUGUGGGAAUCGUAUCUGGAUGGACAGCAGUUCUUGGUGGACCCGGAUGUGCCGUAUUUGUGUGAUUUCACACUUUUUACGAAUAUCGCCUAUGCUGUGCGGUGUGGCUUGCAGCUUGACGGACUCUAUCCACGUCUGGCAAUGUUUUACGUGCGAUUGUGUGCACGUGCAUCAAUUGAGACGACUUGGCCACCACAUUGGCGAACAACCUUUGGCUCGAAAGUGCUCACCAAGACAUGUGGAUACUGCGGAGGAAGAGCUGAUCAACCCUGCGUUUGUAAAAAGCGGCCAGUGUUGUCAUCGGCCAAGGUGUCGCUGACGCCAAUGCCCGCUACUCAACAGCCAUUGUGA